AUGGCGUACUACAACAACUCUACCGGUCACACUGAAACUUCACUAGAUAUUGCAUCGAUAAGAUCAAUAGCGCAUGCAACAUGGGGAUUAACAGCCCUGAUCGGCAUUCCCGCCAAUAUAUUUGUACUGGCUGCAAUCUUGUAUUUCAGAGAUAUGCGAACGAUUUCCAACAUCUACAUUUUCAAUCUUGCCGUUGCUGAUCUCUUAUUUCUCUGCGGAAUUCCUAUUGUAAUAUUUGGACAGGAAAAUGGUGAUUGGGCUCUUGGACCCACAAUGUGUAAACUGUACAUAUCUGGAAAUGCGGUAUCUCAAUUUGCAUCUGCUGUUUUCAUUGCUGUGCUCUCUUUCGACCGAUUUUUGGCUGUGUGCCGUCCUAUGGUCUCAUCCGCAUGGCGUACGACACAAGCGGCAUUAGCUCUUUCCGCUUCGUCUUGGGCGAUGGUUAUUCUAGAGAUGACCCCUCUCUUACUUUUUGUGAAAUUGAUAACGAUUGCAACUGAAUCCAACGUAUCGAAAAGAACGUGUAUGUUAUUUGUCGGAAGUGGCGAUGUUUUGGAUUUUUCAAGUGAUGUUUCAGCGAAUUAUUUGAACGAAGUCGAGAAAAAUAUGUUACUUUCAAGAAGAUUUUUCACAUGUUACACUUUCGCUUUAUCGUAUCUGUUACCAUUGAUAGCAGUGUGGUAUUUUUAUGUGAAAAUAAUUGCCCAGAUGAUCAAACGUCGGCGACAAAUGUACAUUAAAAGAACAGUAACAAAGAAAAGAACCACAAAGGUGACAAUUCUUGGACUUGCUAUUGUGAUUUCGUAUACUCAUUGUUGGUUACCAUUUUGGAUAGUACAAUGGUCGAUUGAAAUGAACAUUUUAUUCAACAGAAGUCCAUAUAUGCUUAUCUGCGUGUCCCAUUUUGCCUUUGCCCUUCAAUACCUCAACUCGGCAGCAAAUCCUUUUCUCUACGUUUUCCUAUCAGAUUCAUUUAAGAAAAAUGUCACAAAACUUCUUGGUCGUAAAAAUGUCGAGACCCAGAAAAACCUUCUCAAAAUAUCAUGUAAUAAUUCGACGGAUACUUCGCGGAUGUUGAGUACUGUGAAUAAUCCAAGCGCUAAUCGAUCGAAACAGAGCGCUUUGUAA